CAAUCCGAUAAGUUCAAUUCUAUUCGGCGUGUGUGAAUCUAAUUGAUAAAUAAAAAUUGAUUUUUUCUGGAUUAAUUGUGCAAAAUUUGUGAUUGAAAAACAAUCAAUUAUUCAUUUGUGACUAGCAUUGUGCUGAAUUUGACAAGAAAAUCAUUUGAAAAGUCACAGAAAGUUGUGAAAAAAUUAGUGAAAACUCGAAAAAUUUUCCGCAUUGGAAUUCUCAAUUUUUUUGUAGUCGAAAAUAAAGUCAGAAGUAGUGGAAAGUAAAAGAAUAAUUUAAAAAAUAAAAAUUAAUUUGGAUCUUUUCUUGUGGAAUAAAGUCGAUCAAAAUGACACCCUCAAAUUUGGUGUCAAUUUUCGUCCUCACUGUAUUAGGAUACUCAUCAUACGUGCAGUGCUCAUCAUCGCGUUGGGAGCCACAAAUAUCGGUUUUAUGUGAAGCAGGACAGCAAUAUUUGCCACAAUAUCUUUCGGAAGAUGGUCGAUGGACGUCGGAAUUGAGUGUAAAAGUGCCCGGUGUAUCAUGUUUACGCGACAAAAUGGAUUUACUUGAUUACUGCAAAAAGGUUUAUCCAGGACGUGAUAUUACGAAUAUUGUCGAGUCAUCACACUACCAGAAAAUUGGUGGAUGGUGUAGACAAGGAGUGUCAAGUUUAGGAAAAUGCAAAGGCGCACAAAGAUGGAUCAAGCCAUUCCGAUGCUUGGAAGGACCAUUCCAAUCAGACGCAUUGUUGGUGCCGGAAGGAUGCUUAUUCGAUCACAUUCAUAAUGCAUCACGCUGCUGGCCUUUUGUGAGAUGGAAUCAAACAGGCGCUGCUGCAUGUCAGGAACGAAAUAUGCAAAUGAGAAGCUUUGCUAUGCUUCUACCAUGCGGCAUUUCACUCUUCUCUGGCGUCGAAUUUGUCUGCUGUCCAAAACACUUUAAAGUUUCAACGAAAGUAAAGAAGACCGACCUUCCAGUCAUGCCACCAGAAUCAGAAAUUUUACCCUCACUCGACGAUUCUGAAGAUAAUUUCUCUGAUGAUUUAGAUGACGAUGAAGAUUUAGACGAUCAAGAUGAAAUGGUUGCAGAUGAGCCACUUGAAACACUAGAAGAAGAGGACGACGAUGAUGAUUAUGAAUCUGACGAAGAAACACCGGCGAUAGACUCAGAUUUUAUUAAUGAUGCUUCAUCUGUAACGAGUACAUCGACCCAGGCUAUUCCAAUUAAUGAUUAUGUUAAUCCACAAACAACAUCACAAGUACCGGAAAAGCCAUCAGAAAUUCCAAUCUCACAGCAAUCAAAUGACGUCCAGAGCACAUCAAUUCCAACUCCUGAUCCAUACUUUACACAUUUCGAUCCCAGAAACGAACAUCAAAGCUAUAAAGUAGGACUAGAUGAGGCACAACAGCGUUUGGAGGAAGCACAUCGUGAAAAGGUGACACGAGUCAUGAAAGAUUGGUCUGAUUUGGAGGAGCGCUACCAAGAUAUGCGUUUAGCCGAUCCAAAAUCAGCCCAAAGCUUUAAGCAGAAGAUGACAGCCCGAUUCCAAGUAACAUCAGUACAAGCAUUGGAGGAAGAGGGCAAUGCCGAGAAGCAUCAAUUGGCCGCAAUGCAUCAACAACGUGUACUGGCACACAUCAAUCAACGUAAACGUGAGGCUAUGACAUGUUAUACACAGGCUUUAACCGAAAUGCCACCAAAUGGCCACCGAGUUGAGAAAUGCUUACAGAAACUCCUUCGUGCUCUCCAUAAAGACCGUGCACAUGCAUUAGCUCAUUAUCGUCACUUAUUAAGUUCAGGAGGUACCGGAGGACUUGAAGCAGCAGCCCAAGAACGUCCACGUACACUUGAACGAUUAAUUGACAUCGACCGAGCAGUAAAUCAAUCAAUGACAAUGUUGAAGAGAUAUCCAUCACUAUCAAAGAAAUUGUCUCAGUUAAUGGAAGAUUAUAUUCAGGCAUUACGCUCAAAGGACGAUACACCUGGAUUAUUACUUGCAAUGACAGAAGAUGCAGAAUCAUCAAUUUUGGAUAAGUAUCGUGUUGAUAUUGAACGUAAAGUAAAUGAGAGAGAGCGACAGCGAGUAGCUGAGAAGCAACGAAAGGAACAACGUGCACAGGAACGUGAGAAAAUUCGCGAGGAGAAAAUGCGUCUUCAGGCAAAGAAUGCUGAGAAGGCAUAUCGUGCACAACAGUUAAAGGAGAAAGAGCAAAUAGAGUUAGAAGUAAAGACAGAAACAGCUCAACAAUCAUCAAAGGAACAGACAAGUGAAGCUGCAAUUGAUGUCAAAGAAACAACUGUUGAAUAUACCGAGGAGUCUGUCUAUAUCACAUCGCCAACAUCAUUACCAACUGUUGAUGAUGCAGCAGUUCAACGAGCCGUCGAGGAGGUUGCUGCAGCUGUCGCCCAUCAAGAAACCGAGCCACAAAUGAAUCAUGUUCAUUUACAUGAUAUUGGACAUGGAGAAGCAAGCUUCUCAGUCCGUCGUGAAAUUUAUGGACCAGGCGGUCGUGAGGGACGCAAUGUCUAUUUCACAUUAGCAUUUGCCGGUAUUGCAUUAAUGGCAGCAGUAUUUGUUGGUGUAGCCGUUGCAAAAUAUCGAGCAUCACGUUCGCCACAUGCUCAAGGAUUUGUUGAAGUUGAUCAGACGGUCGCCGUCCCAGUCACACCAGAAGAACGACAUGUAGCCAAUAUGCAAAUAAAUGGAUACGAGAAUCCAACAUACAAAUACUUCACGGAAUAGAUCAUUAAGUUGAUAAAACAUUAAAUUAAAAAAAAAGUCAUAAACUUUUUUUUUCUAAUAGAAAUCUCAAGAACCGAGCCCAAGCAACAACCUCUUUAGACAUGAAAAAAAAAAUUAAUUAAAAAAUGUUGCAUGAAAAAAAAACUUUGUAAAUGUAAAAAAAUUCCUUUGAAGUGUAAAAUUUUCUCAUUUUCAUUCUCCGAAGAAAAUAAAAAAAAAAUUGUGUUAUUCCUUUUUUGGUCUCCUCUGUUUCUGAUGAUAAAAUGAGAAUAUUUAUAUAUAUACAUACACCACCCCAACACAUCUCCUUAUAAAUAUAAAUAGAUAUUUAUAUAUAUUUAUGCGUUAGUCAUGUGUUUG